CGCAUUCAUUGCCCUCGUAUAUACAUAUAUAUAAUACGCACACAUAUAUAUAUGUAUGUGCCUUAAUCAAUCAAUACAAGACAUUCUCUUCUCAUACUGCAAUGUGCCCAGUUUUCACCUGAAACGCCGGCGUCGGGAGUUUUGGGUCAUUUGGGUUCCCGACAAUGUCGCCGAAACGGCAGCAGGAGGACGGGAGGACUCGGUCGGACGGCAGCGGGGUGGAUGAUAAGCGUCGAAGGAUGCCCACCUUCGAGAGUGUGGUUGUUGAUAUGAUGAAGAUGCGAUCUGUUCAGCAUUUGCUGGAGCCAGUUUUGGAGCCAUUGAUCCGUAAAGUGGUGAAAGAAGAAGUUGAAAUUGCUCUGAGAAAGCAUAUGAACUCCAUGAAAAGUUACACUUGUUCCAGGAGUUGCGGGAAAGAAGUACAUGCUUCUGAGCUGAGGAGCUUGCAGUUGCAGUUCCUGAACAGUCUCUCUCUUCCUGUAUUUACCGGUGCACGAAUUGAAGGUGAAGAUUGUUCUGCCUUAAAGGUGGCCUUAAUUGAUAUGCUCACUGGACAAAUUGUGAAUUCCGGACCCGAGUCAUUGGCAAAGUUUGAAAUUGUUGUCCUUGAGGGUGAUUUUGAUGGUGAUGAGGGUGAGAACUGGACCAGUGAAGAGUUCAAGAAUAAUAUUGUUCGUGAGAGGGAAGGAAAGAAGCCCCUUCUGACCGGAGAGGCAGUUCUGAAUCUCAAAGAUGGAAUUGGCUUGGUGGGUGAGAUUUCUUUCACCGAUAAUUCCAGUUGGACAAGGAGCCGAAGAUUCAGGCUCGGAGUAAGAGUUGUGGAUCACUUUGAAGGUGUUCGAAUAAAGGAAGCAAAGACAGAAUCAUUUGUUGUCCGAGAUCACCGUGGAGAGUUAUACAAGAAGCACCACCCUCCUUCCUUGCUCGAUGAAGUAUGGAGACUAGAAAAGAUUGGGAAAGAUGGAGCUUUCCAUAAGCGACUUAGUCGAGAAAACAUCUUCACUGUAAAGGAUUUCCUUACUCUACUAUCCUUAGACCCAUCAAGGCUCCGAAAUAUAUUGGGCACCGGUAUGUCUGCAAAGAUGUGGGAAGUCACAGUUGAUCAUGCACGAACAUGUGUCCUUGAUAAGAGAGUUUAUCUGUACUUCCCUCCUCCUGCCUCGGAGAUUAAAACAGGUGUCGUCUUCAAUAUCAUCGGACAAGUGAUGGGACUACUUUCAGAAUGUCAGUAUGUUCCAAUCGAUAAAUUGUCCGAAACCCAAAAGACUGAUGCCCAAGGCUUGGUGAUUUCGGCAUUCCAGCAUUGGGAGGAUGUAGUAUGCUUCGACGAAGAAUCCUCUUUGGCAGGCAGCUCUUCCUGUGUGGCAAGCACCACUAUCUGCAACACAAGCUCGCCCAAGACUGAGAAUUCUAACAGUAACCGGGUCAUGGCUUCUGAUCGAGUUGGUGGGUUCGAUUACACACAACCCAGUGCCUCAUCUCCUGACAUAAUCUCAUCCAUCUAUUCCACAGGGGAUGUUAGCGGGUUGGAUGAUUAUUCCUUGCCUAGCAUAGAAAAUAUGGCUCUUCGAUAUGAUCAGGCCCUGAGCUUUCCCACGCAAGUUAGCUCCUCCAUGAUGUGCGACACGAGAUCCAUCACACAAGAUUUCUUUGAUGAGGAUCAUCUCCAGUUUUUCGACGCUGAUUGCCCCCUUGAGUCGCAGAUCCCAAACUUCGAGUCUACGGCUGAUCUCCAAUGUGCAGUUGAUAGCUUCCUACUGAGGCGUUCGUCCAUUUCUAAUUCUACAGGCAAUGCUCAGAGGAGGUGGACGAAGCUCUUCAGUGUCUUGAAGUGGUUCGCGAUAAGGAAGAUUGUAAUUAGAAGAACCCGAAUUCGUGCACAUCCUGAAAGGUGGUAAAGAGUUAUGUCUACAUCCCGUAUAAAGAAGCAUUUGUCCCAUUCCACGAAGAUGGUGAGGGCGCCUAAUAGCUUUUCGGGCUGCUUAUAAAGAAGCAUUUCUCACAUUCCACGAAGAUGGUGAGGGCUGCCUAUUAGCUUUUCGGGCUGCUUCUUGGCGUAAUUGGCAAUUUGUUUUCAGCUAUAUCUUAUGUAAAUAUUUAUAUCUAUGUAGAUCUGCUUUGGCAGAUUAGGGAGCCGCGACCGAGCUGCCUGAUGGGUUGAACUCGAAGUGGCAAUGUUGGCUUCUAAAUGCUCGCUCGCUUUUCACGUUGUAUCACGUGUUGCAGUAAUGCUGAUUAAAUGAAUGCCUUGAGUUUCUCUUUUCUGUCUU